GUGAAAGAGAAUCUGAGAGGAAAAGAAAUUAAAGAUCAUAUACAUCUAUGACUGCUGCUGGAAUCCAUAGUUAACUACAUCCGUGCAGAAUCCUCUUUUCUUUCCCAUUGAAAACAAAUCAUAAGUAAAUGUUGGGGCUUUUUUAGCUUCAUGGUAUAUGCUCAGUAAUUAGUAUGCAUGCGUAACAUGUCGCAUAGUUAAUUUUGUGAGGUGAGGGACCAAAGCAUGCAAGGGCUUAUAUGAGGUUGAGUUACUUCUCAAAUUGUCAAUUGGUUUUAUAGUGGAACUUCAAUUUUCUUCAUGGUAUCAGAGCAGGUUGGUCCAUGUGUGAAGCCCCAAUAGCCACACGUGCUCCACGUCAUCCCGUUUGUUUUGUCUACGUGUUAGGCUUGAAAAUUUGCCACACGCAUGGAGGGCGUGUGAGGUGACGGACCAAACCAUGCAAGGGCUUAUAAAUGGUUGAGCUACUCCCCAUAUUACCAAUUGGUUUUAUGGUGGAACCUCAACUUUCUUCAAAUUUAUGCUUUAAUAUUGCAACAAAAAAAAAAAUUAUGCUUCAAUACCAAAUUUUAUGAAUUUGUGAUUCUGAGAUCUAUUUGGAUUUUCGAGUGAACAUAUGGCUUAAAGGUAAUUAUGGAAAAUUCAUUAAGACAGAUUGAAUACUAAAUGUCGAAUUAAUUAAGCGUGACGUUGGUAUUUAAGUGCCUAUAUAGGUUUGACAAAUGACAGCAUCAACGGGUUAAAUAUGAAUUAUAUUUCACUAGCUUUCUAUUGUUUUUGGUAGUCUUUGUGUAUAGCUAGGUCUCUACUAGCUGGCCGGAAUGGGAUACGUAGAGGAAAUGGAAUCCUUGUCCAAAGCAAUUAGAUACGACGAUCAUGGAGAACCAACUGUGGAUUUUUAUACUUCAUGGCUGACAAAGCAUCCGUCUGCUUUGGAUGCUUUUGGACAGAUGAUGAGCGCAGUGAAGGGAAAAGAUAUCGUUGUGUUUCUGGAUUAUGACGGCACUCUCUCCCGUAUCGUGCAAGAUCCUGAUACUUUUAUGACGGCCAAGAUGCGUUUAGCAGUGGAUGAAGUUGCCUGUUGUUUCCCGACUGCAAUAAUCUCUGGAAGACGUCGAGAUAAAGUUUAUGAUUUUGUGAAAUUAGACAAUAUCUACUAUGCUGGAAGCCACGGGAUGGAUAUAUCGACCCCUUCAGGCUCUUCAAAUUACAGCUAUCACAAGCAUCAAUCUAGAAGCACUGAUGCAAAAGGAAAUGAAUAUGUUAACUUUCGUCCAGCAUUCGAGUUUCUGCCUACCAUUGCAAAGAUAAUAAAGCUGUUAAAAGAAGAAACAAAAGGUAUAAAAGGUGCCGUGGUUGAAGAUAAUAAAUUCUGCAUCUCUGUUCACUACCGAUGCGUCAAAGAAGAGGAAGUAGACACACUUAAAGGGAUGGUGGAAACUCUGAUGAAAAGUUUCAAAAACUUUCGCAUAUCAGGAGGAAAAAAGGUUGUGGAAAUACGCCCAAAAAUUGACUGGAACAAAGGUCGAGCCUUGCAAUAUUUGCUUGACACACCAGGGUUCUGCAGCUCCACUGAUGUCCUCCCAAUCUAUAUUGGAGAUGACAAAACUGAUGAAGAUGCUUUUGAGGCUAUUAGGAGAAUUGGAAGAGGCUUCCCUAUUGUUGUUUCAUCCACUCCAAAGGAGACCAAGGCUUUGUACUCGUUGCGUGACCCAACGGAAGUCACGAGUUUCUUGUCAUGCCUUGCUGCAUGGAGGAAAGACACCUGAAUGCAUAAAGUUGCAGGGAUUUAGUGGGGACUAAUUUGGAUUAGGUACUAAUUAAUGGUUGGCUAACGAUUCAAAGUUGGGAUAAUUUGAAAGAAGGUGUAAAUAGCUUCUUUGAAAAUAUCAGAAUAAUAGCAGAAGAAAAAAAAAAAAAAGAUAGAUGUUUUUUUUUUUUUUUCUUUUUUUUUUUCUAGAAGGGCUAGUGUUGUAUUUUUUUUUCGCUUGUUCAUAUUGGUUCUAUGGCAAUUUCAUUCUUAUACUAACAUAAAAACCUUCAUUAUUUUUGUUUCUACCGUGUCUAGCUUGUAACAUCUCAUCUAGCGAGUGAUGUGGCAUCGCUUGUUAGCAAUGAUUGGAUGUGGUUUUGCUUGUUGGUGAUGAUAUUACGUGUGCCUAGUUUAGGUUCUUUGUGUUUAUUGUAUUUUGUGGUGGAUCUAAACUUGUGGGCUUGUGCUCGUAUCAGUAGUGCGCGCUUGGGGUAGCCAAUUAGGAGAUUAUCUUUAUACUUGUUUGUGUGAAUUAUCUCCAGAUCAUUGGAUUGAUCAC